ACCUCCGGAUACGGGCCCCCUCCCUCUCGCUCGGCCUUAUAAAAGAGCCGCCUCUGGUCCUGUUCUUCAGUCUCUUCCCAGACCAGCUACAUCAACAGAUCCAUGAUGAGGUUCGUAGUCCUCGCCCUUGCUGUUUUGCUGGCAGGCUGCCAGGCCCGUUUCCUGCAGGACGAACCGCCAUCGCAUCUGGAGCACAUGAAGUCUGAGCUCCAGGUUUACUCCGAUAAUAUGAAGCAGUCCGCACACAGGAUCCUCGGUCACCUCGACGACACCGAAUUUGAAGACUACAAGGAAUUCCUGGGCCAGUCUGUGGACAACAUCCACAACUACUUUCAGCACGCCUUUCAAGCCAUCCCAGUUGCCGCCCAGGUGCUGGAGGCCUUGGCUCCCAUGCGUGAGAAGUUGACCAAGCACGUGGAGGACCUCGGCAAGCAGAUCGAGCCCCACCGUGAGGAGCUGAGGCAGGUGCUGGAGAAGCACAUCCAGGAAUACAGAGAUGUGCUGAAACCUUUCAUCGAGGAGUACCUGGCCAAGCUCAUGGAGGAAGAAAAGACCAAGCUGGAGCCCGUGGUCAAGAGCUUGAAGGAGAAGAUCGGACACAACUGGGAGGAGACCAAGUCCAAGCUGAUACCCAUCUUGGAGGCUGUGCGUGUAAAGGUGGCAGAGCAACUCCAGGAGCUGAAGACCCAGCUGGAGCCCUACAUCCAGGAUUUUAGGGAUCAGAUGGAGAAGGGAGCCCUGGAGUUCCGCCAGAGCGUGAGAUCCGGAGAACUGAGGAAAACGUUGAAUGAACUGGGCGAGGAGGUGAAGCCUCACUUCCAGGCUAUUUUUGCCGCCACCCAGAAGGCUAUUAACCAAGGAGUAAACCGACCCUUUUUUACACCACCCACCUUCCUUUCACCUCGCCGCCUGCACCGAGUACCGACGCCUCGACCCGUCGUCAUCAGGAUGGCCUUUCUCAGAGCUUCGCUGGCCUUCCCUGAAGCACACACGCUCACACAUGCUCACAAUACACUCAUAUGCACUUUUUACACAUUCCCACGACUACAGGACUCUAAAGGGCAAUCACAGCUAAGAAUAAAAGAACACUGAAACCUGUUCAUUCAAAAAUGCCUAGCAAAAAUCCUUUGUUAAGCUGCUUUUUGUCAACAACUGAUUUUCAAUGUUCAAUGAAAUGAAAUAAUAAAAAGAAAAAUAAUAAUAAAAAAAAAACUUUCAUACU